AUGCUGCGAAGCACCGGGAUGAUGAAGGCCUUCAUCCUCUUCCUCGGGGUGGGAAUGGCCUUGGGCUCCCUGUACACGGACCCCGACUCCUGCAGGGGUCGCUGCGAGGAACCCUACAGCCACGAGGAUGAGUGCCACUGCGACGCCGACUGCCGGAGCCGCAACAGCUGCUGCUGGGAUUACCUGGAGCACUGCGGGGCGGGUGAGGAAGCGGUGCACAGACGUGCUGAAGAGCACUUCUCCAGCAGCCACGAUGCCAUCAGCGAUGAGGAGCUGCUCCACGUCUCCGAGCAGCUCUAUGGGGCGGAUCGCAACAAGGCUCAACCCAAAGACAUCGCCAUCAACCCACAGCACCGGGUUGCCCCCGACCAAACGGGGCUCCAGGAGGAUCGCUCCCCCGAGCCGCUCUAUGCAUACGUCAACGAGAAGCUCUUCUCCAAACCCACCUACGCCAGCUUCAUCCGUUUGCUGGACAACUACCAGAGGGCGACGGGUCGUGAGGAGGAGGUGACGGCCGAGGAGCUGCAGGAGCAGAACGUCUUCCUCCGGGAGGUGAUGAAGACGGAGCUCAUGAAGAAACUUUUCGCUUUCCUCCAUAAAAAAAAUCGUUACGGCUCCGAGGAGGAAUUCCUGCAGGAUCUGAAGGAGAUGUGGUUUGGGCUCUACUCCCGAGGUGAUGGAGAGAAGGACUCCAGCGGCUUCGAGCACGUCUUCUCAGGGGAGAUUAAGAAAGGGAAAGUGAGUGGAUUUCACAACUGGAUCCGCUUCUACCUCCUGGAAAAGCAGGGACUGGUCAACUACUUCAGCCACAACUUUGAUGGGCCGUGGGACACCUACCCUGAUGUACUGGGGCUGCAGUUCAGCUGGGACGGCUUCUACAAGGAGGUGGGCUCUGCCUUCAUCGGCUGCAGCCCUGAGUUUGAAUUUGGCAUCUACACGUUGUGCUUCAUUGCCCGACCUGGGAGGGCAUGUCACCUGAGCUUGGGUGGCCACGGCGUCAGCAUCCAGACCUACACCUGGACCAAGUCCACCUACGGCCAUGGCAAGAAAUACAUCGCCACUGCCUAUGUCAUCUCACCCUGAGCCCAUCCACGUCCUGGCCAGGAGGAAUGGGGCGUCUGCAGCCCCUCUGCUCCGGGGUCAUGGGCUGCCCCACAGCACAGCCCCCUAUAUGGGGCAGGAGUGGUCCUGCCCUGGGAGACGGAUGGCCACGGGACCUGUGUGGAGCAGGACAGCCCAUAUGGAGGCUGUGGGGGGAUGGAGGUGGCA